CUUGUCUGUGGUGCCAGUGGGCAGGCGUUGCUGCUGCGCUUCCGGGCAUCGUUCAAGGUGAGCCAGGGUCUUCGAGAAUCUACUCGCUCUUCCUACUGGUCACUCCCCUUUUCCAAAGGGACCCAUCCCCCGCAGCUCGCAGCCUAGUGUUCUAAGUACCGAAGCCAGGGCGCCCAGGAGAAGUCCGGGUAGCCACCAGAUGAGCAGAGUCGUCCGGAUGUGUGGGUCCCGGCGAGGUCCAACAAGCCCUAGACCCUGUGACUCUGGUUUGCUGCGCGGGGUAGGUUGCGACUCCGGUCUCCUGGCGAUCCUGGCCAUCCGGAAGCUUAGCGUGACUCCUCCCCUUAGUCCUCGUGGUCCCCACCAGGCGGCGCCGUCAGUCCCGCCCGGGUUUCCCUGCGGUUGCAAGCCCUGGCCACCCCAGGGGUUUUGAGAUUGGCAAGGAGAGAGGUGAAGAAAUGAGCUCUCAGAGAGCUUUCUACCAGUAGGAAUAAGUUUCCCUCGUGGACUGUGCGUUUCAUCGUUAGACUCUCUUGGAGUACAUGUGCAAAUCCCUAGCUCCACCCCCAAAGAUCCUGAUUAAGUAGAUCUGGGGUGGGGCCUGGAAAUCAGCAUUUUAAACAACUGCUCCAGGUUGAUGCCCAGAGUCUGCGGAUCUCAUCUUUGGAAACACUGGUAUAACUGAUGGAGAGGAACAUUGCGUUGGGUUGGCUAUGGGGCUGUUUAUCCUCCGGAAGGCUUCCAAGAGGAAGUGAUUUUAGCUUUGCUUUGUAUUGAGGCACCAGAAUAUACAUUACCCUACAGUGAUGAAUUCCUUCCCCGCUACCAGCAGGAUGCAGAAGAUCUCAGUGCUGCUCUUCCUGGCCUGGGUCUGCUUCCUCUUCUACGCCGGCAUUGCUCUCUUCACCAGUGGCUUCCUGCUUACCCGUUUGGAACUCACCAACCAUAGCAGCUGCCAAGAGCCCCCAGGCCCUGGGUCCCUGCCAUGGGGGAGCCAAGGGAAGCCUGGGGCCUGCUGGAUGGCUUCUCGAUUCUCUCGGCUUGUGUUGGUGCUGAUAGAUGCUCUGAGAUUUGACUUUGCCCAUCCCCAGCGCUCCCACGGUCCUGGAGAGCCUCCUGUCUCUCUGCCCUUCCUGGGCAAAUUGGACUCCUUGCAAAGGAUCCUGGAGAUUCAGCCCCACCAUGCCAGGCUCUACCAAUCUAAGGCUGAUCCCCCCACCACCACCAUGCAGCGCCUGAAGGCCCUCACCACAGGCUCACUGCCUACCUUUAUCGAUGCUGGCAGUAACUUUGCCAGCUAUGCCAUAGUGGAAGACAAUCUCAUUAAGCAGCUCGCCAGUGCAGGAAGGCGUGUGGUCUUCAUGGGAGAUGAUACCUGGAAAGAUCUUUUUCCUGGAGCUUUCUCCCAAGCUUUCUUCUUCCCAUCCUUCAAUGUCAGAGACCUGCACACAGUGGACAAUGGCAUCCUGGAACACCUGUAUCCAACCAUGGACAGUGGUAAAUGGGAUAUGCUGAUUGCUCACUUCCUGGGUGUGGAUCACUGUGGCCACAAGUAUGGCCCUCACCACCCUGAAAUGGCCAAGAAACUUAGCCAAAUGGACCAGGUGAUCCAGGGACUUGUGGAGCGUCUGGAAAAUGACACACUGCUGGUUGUGAUUGGGGACCAUGGGAUGACCAUGACUGGGGACCAUGGAGGAGACAGUGAGCUGGAGAUCUCUGCUGCACUUUUUCUGUACAGUCCCAAAGCCCUCUUUUCUGGUGACCCCCCAGAGGAGCCGGAGAUAGUUCCUCAAAUCAGCCUUGUUCCUACGCUGGCCCUGCUGCUGGGCCUGCCCAUUCCGUUUGGGAACAUUGGGGAGGUGAUGGCUGAGCUGUUCUCAGAGGGUGAAGAUGCCCAGCCUCACUCCUCUGCUCUGGCCCAAGCCUCAGCUCUCCAUCUCAAUGCCCAGCAGGUAUCCCGAUUUCUUCACGCCUACUCAGCUGCUUCUCAGGACCUUCAAAUUACGGAGCUUCAUCGGCUGCAGAACCUUUUCUCCAAUGCCUCUGCUGACUACCAGCGGCUUCUGCAGAGCCCCCAGGGGGCUGAGGCAGCACUACAGACUGUGAUUACUGAGCUGCAGCAGUUCCUGCGGGGAGUUCGGGCCAUGUGCAUUCAGUCUUGGGCUCGUUUCUCUCUGGGUCGCAUGGCGGGGGGUGCUGCUCUCAUGGCCGCUGCCUGCUUUCUUUGUCUGCUGGUAUCCCAGUGGGCGACAUCCCCAGGCUUCUGCUUCCGCCCCUUCCUCCUAAUACCCAUGGCCUGUGGUCUGGCUGGUACCAUAGUGUGUGCUGGACUCCUGACAACUACUGGGCUGAGGCUGGAUCCAGUGGUCCUAGGGGCUAUGGCUGCAGUGGGCUCACUCCUGCCUUUUCUGUGGAAAGCAUGGGCUGGCUGGGGGUCCAAGAGGCCCCUGGAAGCCCUACUUCCCAUCCCUGGGCCUGUCCUAUUAUUCCUGCUCAUUCGCUUUGCUGCUUUCUUCUCUGAUAGCUUUGUUGUAGCUGAGGCGAGGGCCACCCCCUUCCUUUUGGGUUCCCUCAUCUUGCUCCUGAUUGCCCAGCUUCACUGGGAGGGCAAGUUGCUCCCACCUAAGCUGCUCACAAUGCCCCGCCUUUGUUUUCCGGCCUCCACGGGCCCGCCCCGACACAGUGGUACUUAUGCCCUGGGACUUGGAGUAGGGUUGCUUUUAUGUAUAAGGCUAGCUGGGCUUUUUCAUCGCUGCCCUGAAGAGACACCUGCUUGCCGUUCCUCUCCCUGGCUGAGUCCCUUGGCAUCCAUGGUGGGUGGUCGAGCCAAGAAUCUGUGGUAUGGAGCUUGUGUGGGGGCUUUGGUAGCCCUGUUAGCUGUCGUGCGCCUAUGGCUUCGCCGCUAUAGCAAUCUCAAGAGUCCUGAGCCCUCUGUGCUCUUUGUGCGCUGGGGGCUGCCCCUAAUGGUACUGGGCACUGCUGCCUACUGGGCGCUGGCGUCGGGGGCUGAUGAAGCACCCCCACGUCUCCGGGCUUUGGUUGCUGGGGCAUCAGUUGUGCUGCCUAGGGCUGUGGCCGUGUUGGCCGCUUCAGGGCUCAUGCUGCUGCUCUGGAGGCCCGUGACAGUGCUAGUAAAGGCUACGACAGGAGCCCCAAGGACCAGGACUGUCCUCACUCCCUUCUCAGGCCCCCCCACUUCUCAGGCUGACUUGGAUUACGUGGUACCUCAGAUCUAUCGACACAUGCAAGAGGAGUUCCGGGGCCGGCUAGAGAGGACCAGAUCCCGGGGCCCCCUGACUGUGGCGGCCUAUCAGUUGGGGAGUGUCUACUCAGCUGCUAUGGUCACGGCACUCACCCUCUUGGCCUUCCCACUUCUGCUAUUGCAUGCAGAGCGCGUUAGCCUGGUGUUCCUGCUUCUGUUUCUGCAGAGCUUCCUUCUCCUGCAUCUGCUUGCUGCUGGGAUACCCAUCACCACCCCUGGUCCUUUUACUGUGCCAUGGCAGGCAGUCUCUGCUUGGGCCCUCAUGGCCACGCAGAGCUUCUACUCCAUGGGCCACCAGCCUGUCUUUCCAGCCAUUCAUUGGCACGCAGCCUUCGUGGGAUUCCCAGAGGGUCAUGGCUCCUCCACCUGGCUGCCUGCUCUGCUGGUGGGAGCCAACACCUUUGCCUCCCAUCUCCUCUUUGCAGUAGGUUGCCCAUUGCUUUUGCUCUGGCCCUUCCUCUGUGAGAGUCAAGGGCCCCGGAAGAGGUGGCAGUCCCUAGGGAAUGAAGCUGAAGCCAGAGUCAGGCCUGAGGAGGAAGAGGAGCCACUGAUGGAGAUGCGGCUCCGGGAUGCACCUCAUCACUUCAAUGCAGCGCUGCUGCAGCUGGGCCUCAAGUACCUCUUUGUCCUCGGUAUUCAGAUUCUGGCCUGUGCCUUGGCAGCCUCCAUCCUCCGCAGGCAUCUCAUGGUCUGGAAGGUGUUUGCCCCCAAGUUCAUUUUUGAAGCCAUGGGCUUUAUUGUGAGCAGCGUGGGACUUUUCCUGGGCAUAGCUUUGGUGAUGCGAGUGGAUGGUGCUGUGAGCUCCUGGUUCAGGCAGCUAGUUCUGGCCCAGCAGAGAUAGCCUAGGCGGCUAGUGCUGGUUUGUGGCCACAGGCAGAGCUGGAGAACAGUCUAGCCUGGCCUAUAUAGGUGCUGGAUCAUCUGCAAGAGAGGCUUAGCUCCACUUUUUACCACCAUGCAGCCAGGAGCUACUGACACCUGGGACUUCAUUAUUUUAUAAUUCAAAAUCAUAGUGGGGCCUGCUCCCUAACUCUUGCUUUCGAGGGUGGCCUCCAAAGAAGAAUAAACUAAUAAUGUAAAUAUGUGUGUCUGAGAGGUGGCAGAGCCCCCACUGUCCUACAGGGACUAGGGGAAUGGUCACUCUCCCCUUCCAUGAGGCACAGAUAACAUCGGCCAUCUUAUGCAGACCUGCCUAUGCCUGAAAACCUUUGGGAAGUGUUUGAAAGUGUCUGAAUUCACUUCCCUUACUUCCUCCUCCUCCUCCUCCUCCCCUUACUUCAUUCCUGUUAUCCCACCUGCCAUUUUUCUUUUCUUUUCCGUGUAACGUAUUUUAUUAAAUUCUUAUCCUUUGGCUGAUAGCAGAGACUGAUGGAAAGACAAGCCCAGGCAUCAUGGAGUACACAGACUCAUUGUCUAAAACCCGAAAUGGUGCUGUAUUCCCUCCUCUAUUGGGUUCUUUCACCCCAGAGCACCCUUUGUCCUUCACUUCUAGGACAAAGUGGCUUAGGAGGCCACCUUAGGUUUCCAACAUUUGCUAUCAUUUAUCAGACCUAAUGCCCUUCUUACAUAGCAUUUCAUCUUGUCCCAUUGAUUAUUCCAGACUUGAAACCAAAAUUAUAAGUUUAAAGCAUGACCCUUGUGCUCUCCAUCCAUCUCACUAUUGUGUCACAUUGAAGUGCUGGCAUGAAAUUCUCAUGGAAAUGUGCCUCAAAGGAGGGUGGGGGGAGGCUCUGAAGAGAAGGGUCAGGCCUGCUAUUUGAUGUUCAGGAAUGCCCAGGACAGGAGGAGAUGAAACAACUGAAAGAAGAACAGAUGUAAAAUUGUGGAAUAGCACUUCUUCUUGGCAGAAAGAAGACAAGCUGCUUAGCAGUGAGUGUGAAGGAAAGGCAUUCACGGCUGUGGUAGCUAAAGAAAGAGAUGGAAUUAUUAAUGGCUAAUAGUUUGUAGUGCCACAUAGGUCAACAGAAAGAUGAUAAGAAAUGUAUACUAUCUCAGGCAAUUAGAGGAUAGGACAUUGGUAACCUUGGCAGGGAUACACUAAAAAAGAGAGAAGUUAGGCCCCAGCUAAGACUAAAAGAAUUAGAAAAAAGUCCCUUUGCUUUUCUCUGUCUCGUGGACACCAUUCCCAGGCAUCAUUUAAUAAGCACACAGUACCUCUGUGAGAAGAAAAGACCCUAUUCCAUCCCUAGCACCAAUGGGAAGGAUUUCAGGACUCCAGUUCCUCAGCUUCUCCUAGUCAGGUUCCACCUCGUCCUUUCUUUUUCUUUCUUUUUUUUUUUUUUUUCUUGGCAGGGAGCCUUUUUUCCUGGAGCCUAAAGCCUAAAGCCUAAGGAAAAUACGCUGAUCUGCCAUCGGCUAUUUCCUUUUCUUCUGAUCUAACUUCAAGAUCCUUUUGGAGAAAGAUAUAUGGUUAAAAAUUCUUAUCCCUGCCUCCUAGUUGACAUCAAAACACCCAUUCCACACUAACUCACUGUUUUUCUAAAGAGCUUUAUUGAGGUACAAUUCAUAUAAAAUUUGGCCAUUUAAAGUGCACAAUUCAGUAACUUUUGGUAUAUUCACAGAGCUGUACAACUCACCAGAGUCACUUUCAGAACAUUAUCAUCACCCCCAAAAGAAACUCAGUACAUUUUCCUAUCACCCUCCAACCCUCCCUACCUCCAUCCCUAAACUUAGGCAACCACUAAUCUCCUUUCUGACUGUGUUUUCUAUUCUGGACAUUUUAUAUAAAUGGAAUCCUACAAUAUGUGUCCUUUUCUGUCGGGCUUCUCACUCAGCCUAAUUUUUCAAGGUUCAUCCAUGUUGCUUCACGUAUCAGUAUUUCAUUUCUUUUUUAUGGCCAAAUAAUGUUCCAUUGCAGGGAUAUAUCACAUUUUGUUUAUCUGUUCAUUCAUUGAUGGCCAUUUGGGUUCUUAACACCUUUCAGUUUUUACAAAUAAUGCUGCUUUGAACAUCCAUGUAAAAGUUUUGUUUGGAUGUAUGUUUCUCAUUUAUUUUUGGUAUAUACCUAGUGGUAUAUUGUGGAAUUGCUAGGUCAAAUGGUACAUCUAUGUUUAACUUUUUGAGGAACUGCCAGUUUGUUUUCCAGGGCGCCGUACCACGUAAUACUCUCAUGGUUAGUGUAUAAGGGUGCCAAUUUUUGCACAUCCGUGCCUUAUAAUUACUACUUUUGAUUCUAACCAUCCUAGUGGGUGUGAAGUGGUAUCUCAUGGUUUUGGUUUGCAUGCACUUGAUGACUAAAGGUAAUGAGCAUUUUUCUUGUGCUUGUUGGAGAACUGUCCAUUCAGAGUCUUUCUCUGUUUAUUAAUUGAGUUUUUUCCUAAUUUUUGAGUUAUAAGCAUUGUUUAUAUAUUCCAGGAAUACAUACCUUGUCAGAUACAUGAUUUGCAAAUA